GGAGUGCUGGGGCAGCACGAUGGGCAUGAGAUGGGGACAGUGCAGUGGCCAUGGGAUGGGCUGCAGUGGUGGCAAGCACGGAGCAACCAGGAGACAGACAGGUGAUGAUAGGCAUCCGCUGAAGAGAGGGCAGGGAGGGCAGACGGAUGGCAGUGGCAGGCACAGGCAGGGCAACGCUCAGAUCACCCCAGGGAGCUGCCAGGCCUGUUCCCACACUGUCCACACAGUGGGGAGAACACACGCUCGCCUGUGCUCCCUGCCCUCCUUGGCUUUUUGAGACGUGGACCAUAGCAGGAGGUACAGAAAACUUCUUGAUACACGGGUGCCAGGCUCUCUCCCUGCUCUCAGCACUGCCACACGUCCUGCCCCUGCCCACUGCUCCUGCCCAAGCGCACCAGGCAAGGUGCUGCUGACAGAUAGGUCACCUUCCACUCCCAAGAGGGUUUCAAUUUGGGACAGGGAAAGAAAAUAGCAAAUGGUCCCUGCUGUAGCUCUGCUAUCAGCAUCCAAACACCCUCAUCCAAAUGCCAGCAGGACCCUGCUCAGCUCUGAGCACAAUUUGUCACAGAGGCCCUCCCUGCCCCUCUCCAUCUGUGGCAGCCGGUGAGCAGGAGGGGGCACGGGGCCAGCGCAGCCCUCAUUACCGUCUCCAUUUGCUCCUCAUUUGGGCCAGGAGUCUUACAACAACAAACCCCGGGAAGGACCAGCAGGGCCAGGAGGAGUGAACUGAAAGCUCAAGCUCACCAAGUGGACGCGGGGAGUUCAACCUGCUGUCAUUUCACUGCACCUCUAACCCCAGCACGGGUGACGCAGCCUGAAGUGGCACACAGUCACCCGCCAGCCCCCAAGGCUGGCCGAGAAGCUGACAACAAGCUACAGACCUGAGCCACUGAGUCAAACCUGCCCCAAUAAUUAAUAGACAACAAGCAAAACAAGGCUUCGCAGCUCCUCAGUCCUUCCCGACGCUGAAAGGGUUUAAUUCUGAUUUGCAAUAAGCCUCUGAUCCAGGCUGAGAUUUGCAGGUGGAUUUCGCAAAGCUGCAACUAAACAAUUCACAGCUCCUGAUCCCCCUGCCCUGCCCCAACAAGCCACCUCCAGUCUUGGGUGACCCCCAGCCACGGCCACCUUCGGUCCCGCGUCUCCAGCCGCCUCCGUAACCUCUCCUCCCCCCCCAGCUCCCACCCACACGCCGGUGCCCUCACAAAACCAGCAUCCCCAGGAGCGGGGUGGAGCUGCGGCACAGGGAGCGGAGCCGCUGGCAGGGCCAUGGGAAGGUAAGCGUGUGGGAGCCAGCUGCCAGCAAGCCGGGAGAGAGGCAGUGAGCCCCAGGGAGGUGACAGCCAGCCCCCACCAUGGUCUCCAUGGGGCUGCAGCUGCUGGGCUAUGCCGUGGCCUUCCUGGGCUACAUUGGCACGCUGACAGCCACACUGCUGCCCAGCUGGAAGACCAGCUCCUACAUCGGCUCCAGCAUCGUGACAGCCGUGAGCUUCACCAAGGGGCUGUGGAUGGAAUGUGCCACAUACAGCACGGGCAUCACCCAGUGUGACAUCUACAGCUCCCUGCUCAACCUGCCCGCCGACAUCCAGGCAGCCCAGGCCCUGAUGGUGAGCUCCUGUGCCAUCUCCUCCCUCGCCUGUCUCCUCACCGUCGUGGGCAUGAGGUGCACUGUUUUCAGCCAGGGCUCGCCAGGCAAGGACCGGGUAGCGGUGGCGGGCGGCGCGGUCUUCAUCCUUGGGGGGCUGCUCUGCUUCAUCCCACUGGUCUGGAACAUCCAUGUGGUGCUGCGGGAUUUCCACAACCCUGUCCUUCCCGACAGCAUGAAGUUUGAGCUUGGGGAGGCACUUUACCUGGGCAUCAUCUCCUCCCUCCUCUCCCUCAUCGGUGGCUUCAUCCUCUGCACCUCCUGCCCUGCCCGGGAUGCAACGGCCACCUACGGAAGCACCUACCAGCCUGGGCUGCUGGCAGGCAAGAGUCACCAGCCCUCUGUCAGCCAGACACAGAAGACCAAGAGUGAGCUCAACUCCUACAACCUGACGGGAUACGUGUAACGGCUGCAGGUGGGAGCUGGGCUGGCACCUCUCCUGGCUCCCCAAAGCAUCUGGGCUGGCACCAAGGGAGUGUGGUGAGAGGAGAGGACAUCUCCCGUGCUCAGCCCUCUCACUCACACACUUGGGGGAUGUGACCCCGCUCUUCCUCAGGUAUCCCGAGAGCCCGGUGACUGCUCGGAGAUCCCAUCUGAUGGCUUACAUCAGUGAAGGACCUUGAACCUUAUUUCUCUUCCCUCCUCUGCUCUGCCAUCUUGCAGGCAGCCCCUGACACAGCCGGACCCCAGCCUGCAGCCCCAGCGAGCCCCUCUGGAUGGAGCUGGGUGCACUUGUGGCCCCAGGGACCAGCCCGCUGGCCACAGAGGCAGCACAGUGGGGUCAGAGGGCCUGCAUGGGUCUGGAGUCACUGCCGGGGGGGGUGGGGGGUGGGGGGGUGAGUGCUGGCUGCAAAGUGAUGUCGCAAUAAAUCUGUGUUUCUAGCCAGGCUGU